AUGGCGUCACCCGCCGCAGAGACAAUGCAAAAUGGCAUCUCAACGCCGCCCGCGACCGCCAACGCACCCACACUCAGCCCACCCACGCAGUCGCAACCACAACCCUCACAACCAACAGCUCAACCAUCGCAACAGUCGAACGGCGUCUCUACAACCGCACCAAUGAACCCCGCCUUCCCACCAACAUCCCUCUCCGACCCUGGCACUUCCAAACGCCCCCGCGACGCCCGCCUCAUCCACCUCAUCCUCGCCAACAUGGGCGUGCACGCCUACACGGAGCGCGUCCCCCUCCAGCUCCUCGACUUCGCCUACCGCUACACCUCCUCCAUCCUCUCCGACGCCAUAUCCUACGAACCGCCCUUACCCACCACCUCCGGCAGCAAGAAACGCGGCGCCAACGCUGAUGGAACCGGUGAAGACGCCGUGAGUCUGAAUGCGCUGCGUACGGCAGUGGGAGCAAGGGCCGCGGGCGCGUUUAAUACGUCUCUGGGAAAGGAGUUUAUGAGUGAGGUGGCUCAAGAGAGGAAUCGUAUUGCGUUGCCGAGGGUUGAGCGCGAGUUUGGGAUUAGGUUGCCGCCGGAGAGGUAUUGUUUCACGGGCGUGGGGUGGGGGGUUAAGGGGGCGUGGGAGGAGAGUGUUGAGGAUGAGGGUGCGGAUGAGGAUAUGGAGGUUGAUGGGGAGGGGGUUGGGUUUGCUGGGGGGCCUGUGGGUACGGUGAAUGGCACGGCGGCGGCGGCGGCGGAGACGGAGGCUAAGGAUACGGAUAUGGGGGGUAUGGAGGAGGAUGAGGAGGUUGAUGAUGACGAGUUUGAGGAGGCUAUGGGGAUUAAUCAGGAGAAUAAUGGUUGA